UGCAUAGACGGUCAAAAAGUGAUUGGCACCUAUUCGACGAACGAUGAGAUGGACUACAUCAAUGAUGAUAGAAACAGACGUUUUUAUUUGGAUCCCGGCAAUGAGUUCAACUUCGAUUAUGGGGAGGCCUUUGAGGGUUACACGGACAGGAGUAAAACGAACAAGAAAGGGAAGUCUAACUUAGUUGGUGGAAAAUACAAAUGGAUGCGAGAUCAUCGGCAGGUUCUGAUAGACAAUGGACUUUUGGAUACAGACCAAUCAAGAUUGAAUGUGGAUUUCGCUUCUCAUCAUGGGGUGAUUUCCUGCAUUUGAAAAUGGGAGGACAAAAGGACUUGGACCUUGGACUUGCCGUCACUCUCUAUAAAGGAACCUACCACCUACGUUCGACGAAGAUCGUAACUACGGAUCCGGGUAGAGCACAACCUACACAAUUCAAUGAAGGUAUUCGGCCAAAAGAAGGAGCCAGUCAGCCAAUAGAAGCAUCCUCCAGGCUCUUUCUUAAGUUUGUGACGAGCAGGGACGGGCGAACCCCAGACGAGACUGCAUCCCGGAUUGCACCUGUAAACGACAAUGAAACCUUCAAUGCUGUGAUGACGGUCAACUGCGGGAAUCACCCCCUGCUUGUGUGUUUUGAGAUACAGGCAGAAAAGAGAAUCACUGACCCACCUCCAGAUUUGCCAAACCCACAAAACUGUAUGAAUAUCCGCUCGAGGAAUCAGAGACAGCAACAUAUUUAUCCGUAA